AGUUGAGGCGGCACGGGGCCGGGCUCCGGGUGGCGCUGAAGCCAGCUUCAUCAGCAGCGGCAGCAGAGGCAGCAGCAGCCGCCCGAGAAGGAGGAGAAGAAGGAGGAGGCGGCCAGGGGGAGGGCUGUUAAGGGGCAGGGGCGUUAGCUGCCUCCUGCCUCGGAACCGGGAGGAGGAAGCCGCCUUUGCCGCUGUCGCCGCCGCCGCAUUUCCCUGAGACAAGCCAUGAACCGCACUCCUCGGCGGCCUCCCCGUGGCCCCACCGACGACCCUCCCAUCUUGGAGGACAGCCGCCUCCUGUGAGUCCAGCUCGGAGCGCCCUCGUCUCCCCUAGCUUCAUCAGCUCUCCAGCCCGCCCAAGGACCCAAAGAAUCAUGAUUCCGGUAACGGAAUUCAGGCAAUUUUCUGAACAGCAGCCUGCAUUCCGAGUACUCAAACCUUGGUGGGAUGUGUUUACAGAAUAUCUCUCUGUAGUCAUGCUAAUGAUUGGUGUGUUUGGCUGCACCUUACAAGUUAUGCAAGACAAGAUAAUCUGCCUCCCAAAAACCAUGCAACCCUCUCAGAACCACUCUUCCCUCCCUAACACAUCUCACACCAUCGAUACUCCAACACCACUGCCUCCGCCACAACCAUCAACCAGCCCCGCAACGGUGGAGAUGAAGGGGCGAAAGACUGACUUGGACCUCCAGCAGUAUAGUUUUAUAAACCAGAUAUGUUACGAGAAGGCCCUCCACUGGUAUGCCAAGUACUUCCCUUACCUCGUCCUCAUCCACACCCUCAUCUUCAUGCUUUGCAGUAACUUUUGGUUCAAGUUCCCUGGCUCCAGCUCAAAGAUAGAGCACUUCAUUUCCAUCCUGGGGAAGUGUUUCGACUCUCCUUGGACCACCAGGGCUUUGUCUGAGGUGUCUGGGGAGGACUCUGAAGAAAAAGACAACAGGAAGAACAACUUACAAAAGGCAUCUUAUCCCUCCCAGACAGCUGCCGAUAACACCUUGGUCAAAUCUCAGUCAUUAAAGUCCAUACCUGAGAAGUUUGUGGUUGACAAGACCUCUGCUGGGGCGCUGGAUAAGAAGGAAGGUGAGCAAGCUAAGGCCCUCUUUGAAAAGGUCAAGAAGUUCAGGAUGCACGUGGAGGAGGGAGACAUUCUUUACAGCAUGUAUGUCCGCCAGACAGUCCUCAAAGUGCUCAAAUUCUUGAUCAUCAUUGGUUAUAACAGCGCCCUGGUUCCCAAGGUCGAGUUUACCGUCAGCUGUGACAUUGACAUUCAGGACAUGACUGGGUAUAAACACUUCUCCUGCAAUCACACCAUGGCACAUUUAUUCUCAAAACUUUCCUUUUGCUACUUAUGUUUUGUAAGCAUCUAUGGACUAACGUGCCUUUACACUUUAUAUUGGCUAUUCUACCGGUCCCUAAAGGAAUAUUCUUUUGAGUAUGUUAGGCAAGAGACGGGAAUUGAUGAUAUACCAGAUGUGAAAAAUGACUUUGCUUUUCUGCUCCAUAUGAUUGAUCAAUAUGACCCUCUCUACUCUAAGAGGUUUGCUGUGUUCCUUUCCGAAGUCAGUGAAAACAAAUUGAAACAGUUGAACUUAAAUAAUGAGUGGACAGUUGAUAAACUGAGGCAGAAGCUGCAGAUAAAUGCCCAGAACCGCCUGGAGUUGCCUUUGAUCAUGCUCUCUGGCCUUCCGGACACUGUCUUUGAUAUCACUGAACUGCAGUCUUUGAAACUUGAAAUCAUCCAGAAUGUCAUGAUCCCAGCCACCAUUGCUCAACUCAGCAACCUCCAGGAGCUCUCUUUGCACCAAUGCUCUGUCAAAAUCCACAGUGCCGCUUUGAGCUUCCUGAAGGAAAAUCUGAAGAUCUUGAGUGUCAAAUUUGAUGACUUCCGGGAAUUGCCACCCUGGAUUUACAGCCUCAGGAAUCUGGAGGAACUCUACUUGUAUGGUUCCCUGGGUCAUGAUAUCUACAGGAACAUCACUCUUGAAUCUCUGCGGGAACUUAAAAACCUGAAAGUUCUCUCACUCAAAAGCAACAUCUCCAAAAUUCCACAAGCUGUCGUGGAUGUUUCCAGCCACCUCCAGAAAAUGUACAUCCAUAACAAUGGCACCAAACUCGUCAUGCUCAACAACCUGAAGAAAAUGACCAACCUGACAGAGCUGGAGCUGGUCCACUGUGAUCUGGAGCGCAUCCCCCAUGCCAUCUUCAGCCUGCUUAGCCUCCAAGAACUAGAUUUGAAGGAAAACAACCUCAAAUCCAUCGAAGAAAUCAUGAGCUUUCAGCACCUGCGGAAGCUGACGGUUCUCAAACUGUGGCAUAACAGCAUUGCCUACAUCCCGGAGCAUAUCAAAAAGCUCACCAGCCUGGAGCGUCUGACUUUUAGUUACAAUAAAAUAGAGGUGCUGCCUUCUCACCUCUUUCUAUGCAACAAAAUCAGACACUUAGAUCUGUCUUUCAAUGACAUUCGGUUUAUCCCACCAGAAAUAGGAGUGCUACAGAGUUUACAGUAUUUUUCCAUCACUUCUAACAAAGUGGAGAGCCUUCCUGAUGAACUGUAUUUCUGUAAGAAACUGAAAACUUUGAAGAUUGGGAAAAAUAACUUAUCGGUCCUUUCACCAAAAAUUGGGAACUUAGUAUUCCUCACCUUUUUGGAGGUCAAAGGCAAUCAAUUAGAGGUCCUCCCCCCAGAACUUGGGGACUGCCGGGCGCUGAAGCGCUCUGGCUUUAUUGUGGAAGAUGUACUGUUUGAAACACUCCCUUCUGACAUUCGGGAGCAAAUUAAAGCAGAAUAACAACUUUCUUCAAAGUUUGACUGAAACAUGCUUCUACCAAAUACAUUAUAAAUAACUAGGUAGUCUAAUGCCUUUACUUUUUUUUUCUUUUUCACACAAAACAAAAUGUACAGAUUUGAAGUAAGGAGUACAUAUAUUUUUAAUAAAAAUUUACUUGUAUUUUUUCAAUGUUAAUAUUUUAAAAUUUUAUUUGUCCUGGAAACUAACGUCCCUUUAUUAUUGUUUUGUAUUGGCAUAAACAGCUAGUUCAAUCUGCUGGGUUAUUUCUUUUUUAUUUGGUUUUAAGUUCAAUUUAUUCUCAAGGAAAGGAGGAAGUUCGGAAAUGCACCAUGUUGAGGAUUAUUUGUUAAUAGAUGAAGGUAUUUUGCUAAGGGCAAAUAUAGGUCCAAGGGAUGCAGGUCAUUUUCCUUUUACCAUCUGGCCUUUCCACUGACAGGACUCAUUGGUUCUCCUUUUUUAAAGAAUUAGAAAGAAUUAAAUUUAAUUAGAAUUAAAGAACCAGAUUCAUUUGUUCUCUUUCUGCUCAGAUGAAACUGAAGUCAGUGAGUGCAGCCCCAAGAGGUGUGCAGAUAUAAAGUUGCCAUUAAGUACUCACUGUACCCCACAACCCAAACGGUGGUAGGUGGGAUUGCAGGAGAGUUACAAUUGCCUUUGAAUGGUGGAGAGUUGCUAGUGAAAAAUGAAAGCCACCUUCAGUUAUUGGUGUCAUAGGGUGAAUAGAGUUGAAUGGAUUUGCACUUCUUGAUAAUUAUUUUUAGAAAUCAGAUUUUCAAAUGAAAUUCUCAGUGUUUUGUUUAUCCUUUGGAUCCUGAUACUGCUGUGUAGCACUGGUAAACAACCUUUGACAGAUUCAAUUUAUUUUAAUAUUCUAACUGCUAAUGGAAUUAAAAAUUAUGAAAUUAGAAGCCUGCUUUUUCAGUAACUGAAUCAACUGCAAAAUCUUAAUAUGUGGGUGCAUUAGAUAGGAAAUUUUACCUACUAAAACUAUGCUCAAUAGCCAGUAAACUCCAGUGUUUUUUUCCUUCCUUUUGGGCACUGUGGCAAUUUGUAAUCUAUUUAAGUUUUGCCUCUUGCCCCCAAAUAAAUGAAAGGCUAUAAAAUAAUCUGUUUAUAUGUUAAUCAAUUUCCCUUCAAGCCUUCUGUGAACAUACUGAUGGCUGCUGGUUGUUCAGGCACAAGAAACCUAUCUGCUAUGCUCAACUUAAAGUAGGGUCUCUUCCUAAAUGAUUCUGUUACUUUUUUUCUUUUAAGUGUAAAUAAAUUGUUAAGUGGUUUUCACUUAGCAGAUUUUGCCUGGUGGUUGAUAUUGGCCCUCUCUAUUCUUGCACUUAGCAAUGCAGAAAUAUUGGGAUCUCUGCACAAAGUGUCGAUGGACUUGUAAGCUUUGUGAUAAGAAGAUACAAAAAUGGUGUUUGCAUAUAUUGUGAUUGGUCAUAAGAUCUUUGUCAUAGUACCAAAUUUUCAGUGCACUGGGCACUCACUUGUCCAAUGGAGCUCCUCUGACUUAUGUCGAAGUCAAAGAGAAAAGUGGUGAAUGGUCUCAAAAGCCUUGCUUUAAAAACUAGUUGUUGAACAAAUAAUUCAGUGGCUUAAUGUUAAUCUGCUGUGGACUGCAUCAGUAGGAAUUGUUCAAUAUGUAUAUGUGUCACUGCUUCCAGUUGGGUGCCAUAUUGAAGAAACACUUAGCAUUGUUCUGUUCACCUAAUGAUAUAACCAAAGUGACGUUACCGGACCUGCCAAACAUUCAGUGUUUCCCAGUGCCAACUGGCCAGCUCACUUAUGUGAAGCUGGGAGUGGGGGGUUAAAAACCCUGUGUGUUUGAAGUGGUCUUGUGUUUACAUUUUCCCCCCAAUUAACCAUUCACUUCCAGAAUGUUGUUGUGGUCCCUGUAGACACUAGUUGUGAAGAUUAUGCAUUGUAUUUAGAACUGUGGUGUACUCUGUGAUUUGAAUGUUUUUAAACUUCCAGGGAAGAUUUUUUUUUUGGCCACUGAGAAGAACAAACCAACCCUAUUCCAGAAGUCAGGACCCCAGUGGAACCUGGGAAGGGGGUGCUGUAUUUUUCUGAAUUAUAGGCAUAGGUUUGCUUUUACAUGCAGCACUUUCAAAAAAAAGUGCCAUCAAGCUUAAAAGCUUAUUUUAAAGCAACAAUUCAGCUUUCUAAAUCUAUAAGCAUUUAUUAAGCACCUGCUGUGUGCAUGAGGCAUUUCCAUCACUUAUACCAAUUUUGGCAGAAUUGUAAUGCCAAAUCAGCCUAGCUUAUUUUUUAUUUGUAAUGAGCUAUUACAAGCUCCCUUACCUGCCAAAAUGAGUCUGAUAAUGAUAAUAAUAAUAAUAAUCUUUAAACUAGUUUUUAAAAUGAAACAGCACAAAGCCUUUCAGCUUUGGCUUAAAAAGUAAAUGCGUAGACAUUUCUAUGGGGAGAGGGGAAGGGGCCUGCCCCAUCUGAGGACAUACAAUACACAGACCUAAGUAUUUUCCUGAUUUUCUCUUUUUUAGCUUUCUAAUUUCCCAGUUCACAUUUGUUAAUUAAAAUUAAAGUUUGGCCUUUAUUAAAGAAAACUCAGGUAAAUAAGUAGCUUGGCUUUCCUAAGGCCAUUUUAGUCAUCUGCGGGCUCUAUUUAUGCCCCCAUUUUCAGCAUUUUAGAAGUGCUCUUGAUAGAAGUUAAUAAUAAAUUGUAUUUCCCCUCAAUAGUACCUAUAGGAGGCUAUCUAUAUAAAUAUACAGGUACCCUAUGUUUGCAACUGUUUAAACCCUUGAUGUUCACAAUGGCAAACUAUUUGUUAUGUAGAGUAACACUCUAAGAGCUGAUGGGCCUUUCACUGUUGAACUGAUUGAGACACCAUAUAUGCCGCAUUUCCAAGUGAAGCCUGCCUACGAAUUAGCUCACCAGUGGCUCUGCAGAGAGUUGAUGUUCUUGACCUGUGGCCUCUAACUGCAAGAUUUGGAGGGAUAAUUAAGAAAACUCUUGGCUCUUAGCCCAUUAAAUCACCUAUGGUGCUAAUCUAGACUGGUCUUCACAAUCCGUGCUGUUAUACACAUCAUAAAGAAAAAAAAGUUAUUAUAAAUAUAUCCUUGGCUAAUUCCUAAAUAGGAAGUGUGAUUCAGUGCAAAGAACCCUGGCUGCACAGUCAUUCAAACGAUGCCUCUGAUAUUUAACACCUGGUGCCUGGGAGAAAUCAUUUCACCUCCCUGGUUCUCAGUACCAUUGCCUGGAAAAUGAGGGGAUUAGACUAGGUGUCCUCAGAGGUCUAGAUCUAUGAACUAUUAGCCUUGGGGUAAUGAAGACCUGGGUUCAAGUCCUUCCUCUGAUAGCACCCUGAUAGCUACAGACAAGCCAUCUUAACAUCUCAGUGCCUCUAGGAGACUCUUAGAUGAUAAAUUAGAAUGAGUUGCCAAUAGGUACCUGACGUGCGGCAGGGAAGUCUCCGCACUGAGUCUGACCAGAAAAAGACCCAAAAAAGUGACCUUUCUUUCAUACUUCUUGGGUCAGGGUCCUAGCUAACCUGAAGAAGGGGUAUGAAAUAUCCCAGAAGGCUUAGCCCAGAAAAGAGACACCUACAGGGGACAUCAUAGUUGCCUUCAAGGGCUGUCAUGCAAGAGAGAUUAGACUGAUUCGACCUGGCCCCAAAAGACAGGACUAGGAGCAGUGGGUAGUAGCUGCUUGGGGACAAAUUUAGUUUUCAUGUAAGUAAGGAAAAAACCUUUCCCACAAUCAGCUCUCCAAAAACAUAAUGGAUCACCUCAAUCAGUAGUGAGUGGACUCUUCCUCCUUGGAGAUCUUCACGUAGAAGCUGGAAGACCACUUGUUGGCAGUGGUGUCAAGGGGGUUCUUGUUCAUGGAUUAUCUGGCUUCUUGGGUCCCUUCCAGCAGCAAGAGUCUGUGACUCUGAGUCUGUGCAUUGCCUGGGAUGAGGCAAAUAGAGAAGGACUACUCGGCCCUUGUCUUACUCUGAGGAUUUGUCAUUAUUACUAAUAUGAAAGAGUCAGAUAUGGCUUGGCUGAUUUAUGGAUGUCCUUUGAGCAACAUUUUCUGCACCAUCCCCUUAAAAGGUGCACAAGAUGGGUAUAAGUAUACUUCACUUGCCAAAAGUCAAGGUAAGAAAAUACAGGCUUUUAUAAAACUUCGUUCCGUGGAAAUGAUUUCUCCUAAGCAGAUCUCCAGAUUUAUCACCUAUCAAGCACUCAUUCAAUUCAACAACUAUUUAUUAAUAAGCACUACACAUCAGACACUGUUCAAGGUAAAAAGAAGAUAAGAAUGAAAUAUUCCCUGACCUCAAGGAGCUUAUAUUCUACUGAAAUUAAGUGAUCAAUCAGGAUCUAUUGAUAUAAACCAUCUACAAACCAUACAUCAUUACAAAGGAUUUUACCAAUACUCUGGAGUAGUCAGUAGAGAAUAUAUUUCAGCAUAGAUGCAUGUUUUUAAGCCCCAUUUAAAGUUCAUACUAAAUAUGAAAUGUUAUUCCCCAUCAAUGAUCCUAUCAAUGGUAAAAUUUGACCUCUCAGAUUAGCAUUCCACUAUGAGAUUGCCAAAUUAGCAUCACAAUGUAAUUAAAUGGCUAGCUAGGAGGUUGUGUCUUGGAAGACCUAGGGUCCCUAAAUCCUUGAUACUGGUAAUUACUUUGUACUCAGAGAAACUAGGGAAGAAUUGUUGAGCAACCAUCAUAGAUCAUCUUUGGUUCUUCAGAAUGGAUAAAUCUCACUGGUGGAAGGUGAGUACCUCUUUAGAUCGUAAGCUCCUUGAGGGAAGGGGCUGUCUUUUGCAUCUUUGUAUCCCCAGCACUUAGCACAGUGCCUGACACAUAGUAGGUGCUUAAUAAAUAUUAACUGACUGACUCUGGAAACUUAAGCAUACUAUAUCUGCCCAGCAUCAUCACCCUUUUCCCCAAUAGUCCCUAGGCACCAAGUGUCCACUGGUCCUUAGUCUUCCCAGUAAAGUUCAGAUGACAAUGCUUGGCAGUAUAAAAAAUAAACAUAUUAAGAAGACUUUUUAUGUCAAAUCUCUGUCGAAUAAUAAGAGAGAAUGGAGAUGAUGUGGGCUUGGUUUUAUUUGAUUGGCAGCUAUUUGAUAAGUAAUGUCCUAUGAAUUUACCUGCUUCCUCUGUAUCAUCCUCUCCCACCCAGGCUCUCCUUUAAGGGGAUAUUUUUAUUGUUGAAGUGCUAUAUAUGGUGAGCUCAGUCCUUUGCAUUCUCCAGACAUCAGUGUGUGUGCUCAUAUUGUCAAAUUCUAAAAAUGUCUCCAAGACUGUCAAGUUGAAAAAUUGACAUGGUGGAGAAUCAUCUUAAACUUAUGGCAAAAAGUGUCUUAAUAUCAUUGGCCGUGUUGUAUUAUAUUGCAGUACAGUUCCAACAACGUAAGUGAAAUAAAACUUUUUCUAAUUUAAA